GAGGAUGCGCGAGCCUGCUCAUUCAUUCCGACGGUAUCCUCGCCGCCUGUUGGAGUUGGUUUUCCGCUCGAACCCCGGAGUGAGAGACAGCACAGGAUGCCAGAGUUCUCUCAGUGCGCCUGGUGGAUGUUCUUCAUCAGUAUAUUGGUCCCGUUUCUUCUAUGUGGGGGAAGAAGUGGCUGCUCUGGCCAUCAGCAUCCGAAUGGUACAGUCACAUUUAAUCUUGAUGAAACUGUCCCUGUGUCUCAGCACGACACCUGGCAGAUUAAUAAUGUUGUCCAGGCAGACGAAAUGAGCUUCAACACCACCACCAUUGAGAGCCGAGGGCUUCGGUAUGUCACCUUUAAGAAAUGCUAUGAAAAUGUAACAUACUGGAGUGCUGAUCCUGGGAAAUCCAUCAGCUGCCUAUGCAACUGUUCACCAACUGUAGCACCUAUUCAAGCUCGAAAUGGUGACAACAGUAGUGUUCUGGACGUCAUCGGCAGACAUGAUCCACACAGUAACAUUCGGAUUGGUGUUAUUGCUGCGAGUAUUCUUUGUGCUGUUGCUCUUUUAUGUAUAGGUUGUAGAUAUUGGAAGAGGAAAAGGCAUCAAAGUGUGCCAUAUUCUGUGUGCAGAUAGCUUCAAAAUUGACGUGAAUCUAGAUGUGACUACAAAUAAGCAGAGCAGGACCACGUUGUUUCUAUGGCAGAACUGGAGUCAAACAGCAUUUGCUGAACUGUCACGUCUGUACCUGCUUGCAAUCAAGACUCCACUUCCCAGCAUUCACAGCAGCCUUGAAGCAUCGCUGCCAUGGAUGACAAUACCAUUUUUGUUUACUUAUUACUUAUUUCUUAAUAUCUUAGAAUAGACCGUUUUUAUGUAGCCCCUUUAAUAGAAUAGGCUGUCUUUAUUUAGUGUUUAUUUAUUUAACACCUUAACUCCAAACUAAAUUCCUUGUAGUUUCAACAAUUACUUGGCAAUAACGCUUUUUCUGAUUCUGAUCCUCUGCUUCACUGCUCACACCCCCUGAUUGCACACACCUGGACUCAAUCACCACAGCACACUGCACCGAGCCACUAUGAAGUAAAUGGCUGAUUUUACCAAACCUUUUGAUUAUUGUGCUGCUUUUCUGGUUUUGUACUUUGCCUUUUUGAUAUUGCCUCUCAUUGCCUGUUUGUGCCUUAUCUGACCAUUGGCUGGUUUGAAUCUGCCUUUUGUCUAAUGUUUGGAUUUGUCUGCCAGUGUGCUGCCUUAAACUCCCUUCUUUUACAUCCAUCUGUUGCCUGCCUUUGACACAAACUUGUUUGUAAAUGAGUAAAAUGACCCAGAAAUUGUCAUGAUCCGCCCCGGACUUCCACUCCGGAGAUUUACUGUUUCCCAGUUCAGCGCAAUCCGGAUCCGGGACAGGACUUCCAUCUUGCCGGCAUUCACUUCCUGGUCUGCUCUGCUGUGUAUAAAUAGGCUGUUCUCAGAAGGGGACUUUGCCAGAAUGUCUUGUCUGUUUCUUAUCACUGUGCCAUUUUUUGCUUUGUGAUUUUUGCUCUCUGUUUUGCCUAGUCUUCGCCACGGUUUUUUGUACUCACAUUUUGUCUUUUUUUUUUCUUGUUUUUUGCACUAUGGUUGUUGUCUGAACUAUUUUUCAUGUUUUUUCAUAUUAGCACUUUGUCUACCUCAUUGUCUGGAAUAUUUUUGCUAUCUUUGUUGACUCUUUUUUUUUUUUGGACUUUAAUUAAAUCAUUUUUUAUUCAUUGGAUUUUCUGGUUUGUGUUCUGCUAUUGGAUCCUAACUCACCACAUCUCGCCACCCUUAACAGAAAUAGCUAAGUGGUCACAUUCACACUUAUGGUCAAUUUAGAGCCACCAAUUAGCCGAACCUGCACACCUUUGGACUGUGGGGGAAACCGGAGCACCUGGAGGAAACCCACGCGGACAUGAGGAGAGCAUGCAAACUUCACACACAAAGGCCCUCGUCGGCCGCUGGGCUCAAACAUCCAUCCAUCCAUUAUCUGUAGCCGCUUAUCUUGUCCUGCAGAGUCGCGGGCAAACUGGAGCCUAUCCCAGCUGACUAUGGGCGAGAGGCGGGGUACACCCUGGACAAGUCAUCAGGUCAUCAUAGGGCUGACACAUAGACACAGACGACCAUUGACACUCACAUUCACACCUACGGUCAAUUUAGAGUCACCAAUUAGCCUAACCUGCAUGCCUUUGGACUGUGGAGGAACCCCACGCGGACAUGGGGAGAGCAUGCAAACUCCACACAGAAAGACCCUCGUCGGCCGCUGGACUCGAACAUAUAUAUAAAUAAGUGUUGUAGUCGAGUCACUAAACCUCGACUCCGAGUCCAGUCUUGAGUCCCCAGUGUUAAAGUCCAAGUCAUUUAUUAAAAAAAAAAAUUAGUUGAGUCCAACACUCCAACCGCAUCAUUUGAUUGACCACCUUUAAAUAUAUAAUGUGUGUGUAACCAGCAGGCGAAGUCAGUCUUCCCCGUCAUUUCCGGUGUGGCAGCUGUCGGCGUUACCUCGGAGUAUAAAGGCAGGCAUCAGCGUGCUGUAUAACCACUGCUACACGUCUGGGCUUUGCUGCUUGCUGUUCAGGCUCUGGUUCGAGACGAUGUUUCUGGUGUCACCUUUGUGUUUUUAACAUUGGCCAGUGGAUAUUAACAAGACCGUUUCAACCCAUGCAGCUGAACCUGCCACUGGUGCUUUGUUUGUUUUUUAACGUUAUUGGAAGUUUUAUUUUGUUUGUAACAUUUUAUUGAGUAACAGCACUAGGUUUUGUUUUAAGUGAUUUUAUUUGGACCCCCUUCUUUAUAGAGGUGUCUACCAGUUGUGUUUUCAUAGGUGGCUUUACUUUUAUGUUUGUUUUGCUAUUUGGUGUGUUUUAUUUUAAGUUGAUUGCAUGUUGAACUAUUUUGCUAUUUAUUUAGUCACCUUAUGUGACCUCUGUAUUUACCUUUCUGGGUUUAGGAUAGCUUUUAAACCACUGUUAACCUAGAUGCUGUUUUCCCUCCUUUUAGUUUUGUAUUCUUAAUCUUAACAUUAUUUCCCGUUUUUAUUU